CUCUCGCUCUCUGUGCCGCACUGGCUGCUGCUCCGGCGCGCUCGCCGUCCUGAAUGUAAAGUGUGUCCUCUGCUCUGCUCUGGAACAGCGCUGUCUGUUAAAAAAAAAAAAAAAAAAAAAAAAAAAAAAAGAAAGGCUAAUCUGCCUGAGUGGCUCCUGCUGUCUCAUCCCGACCUCACUGAGACGAUCUGAGCAGUAAUGCAGUGAUUACAGUGCGCGGCUGUCGUGAGCAUUAUGCGUGAAGGGCUGCGCUGCCGCUGACAUGUAAACGAAGGUUAAUGGUCGGGUGCUGUAAUGCUCAAACAUCUCCAAUGCUGAAUCCAUCGCAAGAGGGAGACAGUCGCCUUGGUAACAGCAGAAUCCGUCCAGCUUCAGCACCAGCUGCAGAACAUCCAUCAGUCUAAGGUGAACCGCUCCUCCGGUGCUGCAAAAUAUCACCGGCCAGAGCUCAGAUUUAUAUAGUUUCAAUGAAGUGAAACCGAAAAUGUGACCUAACCCCAAAUUCUGCUCAGAUUUGAGUUUUUAGAGACUGAGAUGAGACUCUCCGGGCCUUCAGCUCCAGAUGUUGAACAUGUUCCUCACGCAUCUGGAGGAAUAACAUCCGCAUCGCGCUAGAAUUAUUCUUCGAGGAAUGCUGAAGAAGCGCGAGGUUCCUGACGCCAAAUUAAAGCGCGACUGAAGAGUCUCGCAGCAACAAGCGGCACCGCAGACAGACAGACGGACAGACAGACAGGAGGACAGACAGACGAGAACCUCCAUCUGCUGGAACCCGACACCGAGCAGAAAGACGGAAUGUAAUCAGAUGUUCGCUUUGCUCCGGCGUCCGUGAGAGGAGCAGCGCUCGUCCGUUCGGUGAGGGGGUUUUGUUCAUCCGUCGUGAUUCGGUUUUUUUUUUUCACUUGUACGUGUGGUUGAUGGCGCGGGUGGGCUGCGGAUCGGGCACCGGGUGUGAUGUGAGCGCUUCGGCGGACAGGAGAACAGCAGGGCUGCUGUGGAGCGUCGCUUCCUCCGAGCGGAUUCCCAUCGCGUGAUGCUCGCUUGCGCUUUUACGCACGAAGCAUUCGACGGAAUAAAGGCCACCUAUGGAAACUGGAGACCAGAAUUUUAGGAAAAAGGCAAGCGAGUGAUUUUACGUUUCAUUUUUUUUUCUUUAUCCGCCCGUUUCUUUGAUAGUGGCAAGGAUGGAUUGAUUUCAUUGACGCGUCGCAACCCUGAACGCUUUUCACCCCAAACUGUUCUUGAUUUCAACGCAUCGGUUUUAAUCACUCGCCCGAAUCCAUUGUUGGAAUAUUAGAUUCAUGGAUGCGACUGCUCGACCGGCAGCGGUUCGGGAACGUGAAGGAUUCACAUUUUCACCAGGAGCCUUCAGUCUCUCUCUCAUGCCAUUAGAUCGAGAACAGGCCAGAUUGAGUGAAGAUGAAUUUAUCUUCUGCCAGCACGUUCCGUUUCCCGUUUAACGUCUGGAGUGUCACUCAAGUCCAUCAUAAUCAGACUAAUGAGUUGCAUUAGUAUGUAGGUGCAGGUAGAAGCGGCCUGCCGUUUGUCUUCCUUCUCGUUCGAUUCGCAAACCCUCGAGGGCCCUCGCUCUCUCGGGCCCCGCGUUUCUUUCUUGCUUUGUCCCCUUAAAUCUACAAAUAUUUAUUUCCUAUACAUCAAGAGGAAAGGGGGCUCCCCUUUCGUAGAAUGCGGCAACAUGGGCGUGUUUGAGCGCGGAGUGCAGAUGCUCCUGACCACGGUGGGCGCCUUCGCCGCCUUCAGCCUGAUGACCAUCGCGGUGGGAACGGACUACUGGCUGUACUCGCGCGGGGUCUGCAAAAUAAAGACUAGUAACGAGAACGAGACCAGCAAGAAGAACGAGGAGGUGAUGACCCAUUCCGGCCUGUGGAGGACCUGCUGCCUGGAAGGUAAUUUUAAAGGCAUGUGUAAACACAUCGAUCACUUUCCUGAAGAUGCCGACUAUGAAGCCGACGCGUCAGAGUAUUUCCUGCGUGCGGUUCGGGCCUCCAGUAUUUUCCCCAUCCUCAGUGUCAUCCUGCUGUUCAUGGGCGGCCUCUGUGUCGCCGCCAGCGAGUUCUACAAGACUCGACACAACAUCAUCCUCAGCGCAGGAAUCUUCUUCGUAUCUGCGGGUCUGAGUAACAUCAUCGGGAUAAUCGUGUACAUAUCAGCCAACGCGGGCGACCCGUCCAAGAGCGACUCGAAGAAGAACAGCUACUCGUACGGCUGGAGCUUUUAUUUCGGCGCGCUGUCCUUCAUCAUGGCGGAGAUGGUGGGCGUUCUGGCCGUUCACAUGUUCAUCGACCGCCAUCGGGAGUUACGCGUGGCUCGGGCGCGGACGGGAGGCGGCGGCGGAGACUAUCUGCAGGGAUCCGCCAUCACCAGAAUCCCCAGCUACCGCUACCGUUACCGGCGCCGCUCGCGCUCCUCCAGCCGCUCCACCGACCCGUCGCACUCGCGCGACGCCUCGCCCGUGGGACUGAAGGCGUUCGGAGCGCUGCCGUCCACUGAUAUCUCCAUGUACACCCUCGGCCGCGGCGGCGGGGACACGCUGAAGACUCCGCACGGGACGCCUCCGAUGUACAACUCCGAGAGAGAGCCGGACUUCCUACAGGUGCACAACUGCAUCCAGAAAGACUCGAAGGACGCCAACCGCCGCACCACGCCUGUAUGAGAGACGGCGACCCCUACGGGUGAGGAGGAGCGUCGCUCCACUCGCGGGCGGACUCAUUUCUAACACUAAUGAUGAUGAUGAUGAUGACCAGUUUACAUGUCGAAGUCCAAAAAAGAAACGUGAAAUGCAUGAUUUUCUUAUCUUCCAUAAACUAACAAGUUUUCAAUCACGUGAUGAAUCAGAGCUGACGAGAGAGCGAAGGCUCGACGGCGUUUAGACUGAGAGCUCUUGAAAUCUCUUUUCUUCAUGUUCAUUUCAUUUUGUUGCACAUAAAUACUGUGAACCUUCGUGGCCGCUGUGAACCCAGGGAAGAGAAAACGAUCCCACAAACCGGCCGCGGUUUAUAUGUCAUUAUAAACGUAUUAAUGAUACAUGACUAUAUAUAUAAAUAUGAGAAAAGAUACAUACAUGAAUAUAUGAACAUCUGUUAAUAAACCACACAUAGACUUCUUGAUUCAAGAAGACAAAAAAAGAAUAAAAGAGCAAAUCAGAAGUCAAUAAAAUCAU